AUGGUUGAUAGAAAAUGUGAGGUUUGUGGAUCUACCUCCUUUAGAGUUGAAGAUGGGGCAUUCGUGUGUAACGAUUGUAAUUAUGUAAAUGAAGGAAUACAAGAAUACUUUGACGAUGAAUUUGAAAUUAAAGAUAAUAAAAUAGGUGUCGAAGAUAAAUAUUUUGAAAAAGAUCUAUAUAAUGUAAUACAAAAGUUAUAUAAAGAUAAGGAUUUAAUUAUUAAUAUAACAAAAUAUAUAUUAAAAGAAAAUGAUGAAUUUUUUAUAAAUUUUCAAAAAAUUUUAUUUGAAAUAUGUCAAUUAUUAAUAUCUAAUUAUAAUUUUCCUAUAGUCUUAUAUAAGGAGGUUAAAAAAAUUUGGUUUUAUUUACUCGAAGAUUGUAUAAAAAAAUAUAACAUAUAUAGACCACCAAAUGAUAGUAAACAUUCUUUACGAUGUAUAUAUGAAGUUAUGAAAUCUAAAACUAUAAAUAAUAUAUUUAAAAAUGUAAUAAACGAUAUAAAUAUUAAUGAAGAAAUACGAAGUACAAUUAAAAAAAUCGGAUAUAGUAAAACAAAUUAUUAUUUUAAUAUCCAAAAGGAAUAUAUUAAUCAAAUUAAACAAAUGGCUGAGUUUUAUCCAAAAAAAAGUGAAAUUAAUAGGAAAUUUAAUAUCCGUUUUUUAAAACUAUAUAAAAAGACAUCAUUACUUAAUAAUGAAAAUGAAAAUAAAAAUUCAUUUAAAAAACUUGGUGAAUUAAUAAGUACCUUGAAAAGUAAUAAAAUAAAAAAUGAUCCAGAUCUUCUGAAAGAAAACGAGCCAAAAAAAAACAAACUUAUAGAAAGUUAUAAAGACAAUGAAUAUGCAUACCAAAAUGAUUACACAUUUAAUAAUAGUGAAAAUAUACUAAACCAAUUUGUAGAUAAAAAUGAUUUUUUAUAUAAUUCGGAUGAAUUUUUAAAACAAGAGAGUUUGAAUUUGUUUCAAAAUUUUACUGACCAAAUGGAAGAAGAAGAAAGAGAAGAGAACCUAAAAUAUGAGCAAGAAAAUAUUUCGCAAUUUGAAAAUAAAAAAAAUAAUAAUCUCGAUGAAAGUUAUCCUAUUUUAGAUAAUGAAAGAAUGUAUCAUUUUUGUUCUUCGAAUUUUAUCAAUAAAUUAUUGCAAAAUAAAAAUUUAUUAAAACCACAUGGAAAAAAAGAUACGAUAAAAUACAUGAACAGAUCAACAAAUUAUAAUAAGCCUAUAGGAAUUAUAUAUCAACAUGAUUUUUUAUACUAUUUUAUUGAAGAGUUGAAAAAAAAAGCAGGCAUCGAACACUUGUCUUAUUACGACAUAUUGCAAACGUUUAAAGGGAAUUACGAUAAAAUUGUUUCUGACUUUAUAAAGGAAGAAAAUGAAAAAAACACCUCGAAGAGGUAUCCUACUGAAGAACAAUUAAAUGAGCUCUUUCCACUGAUGAACGAUAAAAAGGGAUUUGAAAAUGAGGAAGAUCUUAAAAUUAAAGAAAAUUAUGAACAACUUGCACCGUUUGAUGAGUCUAAAAUAUAUGACAAUAUAGAAGAAAUCGAAAUAAAAAGUGAAUUCAAAUAUAGUGAUAGUUUUGGUGAACUUGCUAAUGUAAGUAGUUACCAAAAUAAAUUUGAUCUAUUAGAUAUAAAUAAAGAAAUUGAUAAUGUAAGUAAUUGGGGUAGUAGUGGAAAAACAGAGUCCUAUUCAAAAUGGAAUAAUUUCAAUCAUAAAAAUGAAAAUGCAAAAAUAAAUGAACAUGGAAAGAAUAAAAAUAAAAUAAAUGAAAAAAUUAAGAUCGAAAAUAUUUUUGAAAAAUAUAAAAAUUAUAUAACAUUAAAAAAAGGUGCACCAAAAAAUAAUAUUGAAACAAAAGUUGAAAUGAUAGAAAAUAUAUUUAGUGAUAAAGAUAGUCAAUCAUAUAUAUCUAAUAAAGAGAUAAAUCUUAUUGAAGAACAAUACAAUAAAAAACAAAAUGUAUUAAGUAAUACAUUUGAAAAUUUGGAUUCUUAUAGUUUAGAAGGAAGUAGCAUUUUGCAACUUCCAAAUGAUGAGGUAUCAAAAGGGGAUGGAAGUGUUGACUUUGAAAAAAUAGAAGUAUAUAUGGAAGAAGAAGACGGUGAAAAAAAUAAGGAAGAAUUUACCCCAUUUUUAAAAAUCGAUGAAGAAAAAAAAAGUGAUGAAUAUGGAGACGAAUUCCAAAGCAUGACAAAAAAGCAAAACCAUAACGAAAUAGACAAUGAUUUAAAAGAAAACAAGACAGAAAAUACGAUGAAAAACAUGAGCAUAUAUGAUAAGCUUGAAUGGGUAAAUAAUUUAAAAAAAGAAAAAUUAAAAAAAUUGUCAAACCAAAAUAGGGAAAUAACAAAUGAUAGUUACUAUAAUGGAGUGAUCAAAAAAAUAGACAAGUCAAUAAAAAAAGUAAAAACAUUUAUAGAAGAAAAUAUAAAUAUUGAAAAGUUAGAUGAUAAUAAAAUAUAUGUAAAUGAAAAUCUGUUAUUAGAUACAUAUAUAUUUGAAGGAAUAUAUAAAAAAAAUUUAUAUAUAUCAAGUAUUAAAAAAUUUAGAAAUAUAACAAUAAGAUAUAUAUAUAAUGAAUAUAUAAAUUAUUUUUUAAAUAAAUAUAAAGAAUAUAUGGAUGAUAAUGAAGAAUAUAAAUAUUGUUAUAAUUUUACAUUUGAAUUAAUAUUAUAUAUUUUAUAUUAUUCAUUUAAAAGAUUAAAUAUAUAUUGUUUACCUCAUAAUAUGAAAUAUUUUGUAAAUUCAGAUAAUUUUGAUUUAUAUCAUAUUUUUAAUAACACAUCUGAAAAUUUUUAUAAAUUAUUUAAAGAAUUAGACACAGUUAAUUUCCCAUUAAAAAAUUCCUAUUUUUCAGAGAUAAAAAAAUGUUUUUUUACUAGGACUCUAAAAUAUGAAAUUCCAUUUUUAUGUAUACAUCCGAAUGAGCAGGUUUACUCACUAAAUGAUGAUGUUGUAGGAGAUGACAUUGUAGAAGAUGACGAUAUAAUUUUUGGUGAUACAUCAGUUUAUAAUAAAAUUGAGGAUAACAUUAUAAGUAGUUCUCCAUUUGUUAGUCAUAAUUAUGAUGUUAAUAAUUUACAAAUUUAUGAAACUGUUGGGUUAAAUAAAAUUUUUCGUAAAACUAACACAUAUACAAUCAAUAGUAACAUAAAAAAAAAAUGGUCAAAGAUGUUAAAUAAAUUUAAUGGAUAUUUUCUUACAAAAUUAUAUUCUUUAAUAAAUGAUUUAUUAUUUGUUUUUAAUCUACCAAAUAAAGUACAAAUAUAUUCUAUAAAAAUUUUAAAUAUUAUUAUAUUUAGAUAUAGAUUUUUUAAAUUUUUAUAUAAUAUAUAUUGUAAUAAAUAUGAUGAUAUGCACAUACAAUUAAAUAAUUACUAUAGCUACAAUCAUAUUUAUAUUGAUUGUUUAAAAUAUUAUCCAAAAAAUAUUGGAACUAAUUAUUCAACUAGUCCUAUAUAUAAAUAUAUUAAAUAUUUAAAAAGAAAAGAAUUCUAUAUAAAAAAAAUUUAUAUUGAAACUAAGAAAUAUAUUAAUCAAAAAGACGGAACUAUUAAUUAUCAAGUAUAUAAUAAAAUUAACUAUUUUUAUAGACAAAAAUUUUAUUACACUUUUUGUAAUGUAAAUUAUCAUAUUGAUUUUAAAAAAUCAGAACUUUAUAAAAUAGCAGCAGGAUGUGUAAUAACUGCUUGUAAAUUAUAUUACCCAUUCUUUAUCAACGAUUUUUAUGAUUAUCAAAAUUUGUAUAUCCCAGAUAAGUUUCAAGCAUUCCAUAUGGUCAACCAUCAUAAUUGUCAUCGCCAAGAAAAUGUAAAUUUGCACAAUCAUAAAACAUAUCCUAAAGAAAAGGGUGGCCAAAAAGGUAGCCAAUUUUAUACGACAAAAAUUGAGCGGUUACUGAAAAGGGCUGACCAAGAAAAAAAAAGUAAAAAAAGCAAAAAAAAUGAAAAAAAAAAUAAGCUGGAUACAUAUCUAUGCCAAACUAUGAACCCCUUUGAAAAAAAGAGAAAAAGUUAUAAGGAUGGUAAAAAUUGUAAAGAGGAAAAAAUUCGAAAGAUAACUAGCCAUACUUACAAAGACGAAAUAGUGCCAAACAAUUUAGAGAUAUCCCAAGACAGCAAAGAAGAGAAAUGCUACUCAACUAAUAGUCUUAAUUGUGGUAGUCAGAUUGGGGAUAUCUACAGUGUCGAGCCAAAUGAAUUAAAUGAAUGCCAAUCAGUAUGUCUUCCCUUGUUAAGUGACAAUGACAAAAAUAGUGAACCUAGUGACCAUGACCCAAAUGAAUCUUUUUAUGUUGACCUAUUAAGUGAGAAGGAGAAUAGCCAUUUCGUGCCUUACUUAAAUAAGGAAGUAAAAAAGAGUGAAAUAAAUAUCCUUGAUGAUUUUUAUGAUGAUAAUUAUACCGAUGAUUGUAUUUAUGAUUUAGUGAGUUAUGGGAAUAAAAUAGACACUAGUUCAAUCUUGUUAGAUGGGAAAAAAAAUCAAGACAAAAAAAUGAAAAAAAAAUUAAAUAGAUUAAAAAUACGAGAAAUAUAUUUUAAAUCUACAAAAGAAAAUACUAUAUCCUACUAUGUUUCAGUCCCUAAAAUCAUAAAUUUGUAUUUUAAUUAUAAAAAAUGUCUUACCGUUGAUACAUAUAAAAAUUUUAUAAAUAAAGAAAUUUCUUUAUCAGAUUGUGAUGUUAAUUUAUCUGAUGAAAUAUAUCAUAAUGAGGGUAAAAAUUUUGAACAAAGCAUUUAUAAAAAGCUAUUCAUAAAAAAAUUCCCUAAAAAAUAUCUUAAAAAAGAAAAAAGUAUUCAUUCACAAAAAUUAUUAAUUAAUCAAAUGAUCAAUGAUGAAUUAUAUAAAAAUUAUAUAAUUAAAUAUAAUUCUUUUACAAAUUUAAACCAAAUAAAUAAUAAAAAAAAUAAAAAAAAUUUUGUUUUUACAAAAUUUUGCAUUAUGGAAAGUGGUAAAAGUUUCGAAGAAAUAUACUGCACAGAUUCUAAAAACCCUGAACCCUCUAAAGAUCUAGAAAGGGUUGAACAGAUCAAAACAAAAAUAUUUCCUUUUUUUUUAGCUAAUUAUUAUCCUCAUCCUUUCAAUUAUUUUUCUAUAAAUAUGCAAACCAUUUGUUUUUGUAAUUUAAUAAAUCAAAUAGAGAAUGAUAACUUGUUUUUGUUAAGUAAGAAAAGAAGCCCAAAAUGGGAAGUCCUUUGUGAAUUAUUUAAAAAUAAAAAUAAAAAUACUUAUUCUCUUUUUUUGCAACAAUUUUAUGAAGACAUGGAAAUUGUUGAGAGCAAAAGCCCCAAUGCUUUUAUCUCUAAAAACAGUGGUAGUGAAAUAAUUGAAAUAUUAGACACACCAAUGCUAAGUAGAAAUGGUGUAAUUACAGUGCCUGAUGAUUCAAACCAGCCACUGAAUAUUUCGAUUACUAAUGAGCAAUUGAAUGAUACGAUUUUGUUAGAAGAUCUCACAAAUUCAAAAGGAAAGAAAAGAAGGGGAAAGAAAAGGGAAAAAAAAACAGUAGCAACACAAAAUGAAGAUGACAAAAUUUUGAAAAAAAAAAAAAACACACAGGAUAUAGACAACCAUUUUAAUGGAAUUCCCCACGAUGAAGCUACCAACUUUAUAAAGGAAAAUAAAAUUGGUAAAAAGAAUUUGAAAAAUAUUUAUAAACUAAUAAGUAAUGCGAAUAAAGUAAAUAUAGGAAUAGAAGAAAAAAACGACCCAAAAAUAGAUUACACAUAUUUAAUAAAUAAACAAGAUUAUGAAAAGGCAUAUUUAAUUUAUUUAAUAUUUGAACAUAACCUAUUAGGUUUGUAUUCCUUUCAAAUUGAAAGCAUUUUUAGUUUUUUUAAAUUUUUAAUAGAAAGGGUAGAUAAUAUAUAUCAGCUAUAUUUGUUGUAUUAUCAGAUAAAUAAUGUUGUUAAUAUUUAUACAAAUUGUGCUAGCUAUAUUAUUAAUAUGCACAAAUAUUUUUUAUUUAUAGUACAGCAAAAAAAAAAUAUUACUAAAAAUAAUUUCAAUUCAUUUUAUAGAAAUAAAUAUAUUAAAAAAAAAAAAAAACUUAUUUAUAAUAUUAAAAUGGUUUCUACUAUUUUAAAGAUUUUUAUAAAUUUGUAUGGAAGUUAUAAAGAUGUGUCUAAACUUUAUUUGGACAUGUAUGGAAAAAAAAAUAUUCAAAAUGAAAAAGAUAACUUAAUAAAAUUAAAACCAGUGAUAUAUUUUGAUGAUAUACAAUUUUUAACAAUGGAUGUAUCAACAUAUUUAGAAAAUUCUACAUUAUAUUCAUACAAUGCUAUAAAAUAUGGUAACUACCAUUUGUCUUAUUUGUUUGAAAAUUUAAAAGGGAUAAAAUGUAUAAAAAAUGAAAUUAACAAACAAAAUAAAUACUUAUUAAAUAAGCUAAACAAUAAAAUGAAACAACAAUAUAAGCAGAUAGACAAUACUCAUGCAUUUAUAUUCCCUCCAGUUUAUGGCAUAGUACAUAAUAUUGCUAUAUUAAAUAUGAAUUUUUUUUAUAUAAAUUUUAAGAGAACAAUGGAAUUAAUACAAAAUAAUUAUGACAAUUAUUUAUCAAAUUAUUAUAAAAAAUAUAAUUUUAUGAGCAAAGACAAUUUUGAAAAAACUCAAAUCCUAAUCAUUGCUACAAAACAAGUUGAAAAAAAAAAUAAUGAAUAUAUAAAUAGAACAAUUUGUUUGAAAAAAAAAGUAAUGAAGUAUUUCCCAACAUAUAUUUCACAAUUACAUGUGCUUAAUAAUACAAGAAAAGAAAUGCCACACCUGUUUAAAUAUGGAUCAAAAUCUAUAAACCUAAAUAAAUAUUAUUUUUUACAUAAUGGGACAAUAAAUGCUAUUAAAAAGGUGGUAGAAAAGAUGAACAAUAAGCAUAGUAAAAUUUUAUACUAUAAUGUGUUAAAAGAAAUAACAAAUUGCAAAGAAUAUAAAAUAAAGAUGGUAAAAAAUAAAUGCUUACAAAAUGAACAUGAUAAUUUUCAUAUACUAAAUGAUUUUGAAGAUACAAUAAAUUAUAAGGUUAUUAAUUAUUUUCCAUUAAAUUUUUUGAAAUUUUAUAAAAAAAUGAAAAAAAAAAUAAAAAAUACACAUUAUAUAUUUCUUUUAUAUUAUUGGAAAUUUUGUUCUAAUUUGAAAAAAGGAAAUCAAAUUAAUUCUAAAAAUGUAUUUAUUAACGAGAAAAUAGCAAAACUUAUUUACGACAUACUAUUUUUUUACUCUAUAAAAAAAGACAAUACAAUGGAAGAAAAAAAAGUAGACAAACUUUUAAACAAAUAUAAUGUGCUGGACUAUGUAAAAUUAUUUCGCCAUAUCUUAAAUGUAGAGUUCCAAUUAGUUAGCCAAAAAAAGUUAUCAAACAUGAAAAAUGAGAAAAAUAAAAUCCAGCUAGCCAAUUGUUCGAUUUAUUUUCCAGCUAGCCAUACUAAAAAGUGUAGAAAAAAAAAUUCUUUCAAAAAAGAAAACCACAAAUUAGUAGAGACCUCCAACAAUAUUAGUGAUCAUAAACAUUUUUCUCAACUUUUUAAUUUAAAAACAAAUAGAACCAAAUGUAUAUAUAAUGAUAUAAGGGUAAAACCUAUAAACAUAUUGAAAUAUCAAAAAAAUUUUAUUAAUUUUACAAAAUGUUUAUAUAAUCCCAAAAUGGAGUGGAACGAACAUCAUUUUAACAAAGUUCUUUUUUUUAAGAUGAGUAAUGAAGAACUUUUAAAUUAUAGACUUAGAAAAGGGGAAAGGAAAGGCACAUUAAUAAAAAAUACGAAAUUUAAAAAAAAAAAAAAAAAGUAUCUCUUAAAGUUAGAACAGUUUUAUCAAUCUAUUAUGAUAUAUGAUUUUUUGAAUAAUAACAAGAAUAUUUUUUUAAUAAAAAAUAUAGAUAAUUUAUAUGACCAGCUAAAAAAUGGGAAUAUAAAUUUGGGCAAAGACAAUCUAAGGAGUCCAAAUAAAAAUAAUGUAAUACCAGAAACGGGUAAAAAAAAACGAAGAAAAAAAUAUGAAAAAUAUAAUAAUGAUUCAAAAAAAGAGUUUUUAAAUUAUUUUUCAUAUAUACGAUAUAUAAGAAAAAAUUCAAAUGAAGAUAUAUCAAAUAUAAGAGAAUGUUAUAAUAUAAAUAAAUUUCCACAUAACUUUGUGUGGAAUCGAAAUAUUGCAAAAUCGUUAUUUAUAAACAAUUCAAACAAUUAUAUGACUAACCAUAUUGCUAGCCAUUCUAUAAAUGAUAAUAAUCAAGACCAUCUUAAAACUGAGAAAAAUAUAGAAAAUGUAGAAAAUAAAACACGUUAUAUAUUUUACGAUUUUGAAUGGAUACCCUUUUGUCAAUCCAAAUUAUAUAAUAGAUUAAAAUAUUUACUUUCAAAUGUUCCAUUAAAUUAUAAACUAUGCAAAUUAAUAAAAGACAGAUGUAGGGAAAGUAGGCAUAUUUCUCCCAAAAAUACAAAUGAGUAUAUUAAAAUUAUUGAUAAUUUUAUAUAUGGCUCUAAAAAUAAUAAAGGAAAUAAAAAUUUACAUGAGACUGAUGAAUAUAUGUAUAUGUCUACAGAUGUUGAUUCAUAUAAAUCAGAUACUGUAUAUAAUAUAAAAUUAUAUAAAACCGAUUCAUAUAAUAAUUUUAAAAAAUAUAUAAAAAAAAAUUUAAUUAAAUUAAAAUUAGUUACAAAAGGUAAACCAAAUUGUUAUAUUAAUAGAUGUGUAGAUAAUAUGAAUCAGACAGAAAUAAACGAUUCUUUAUUUCAUGAUAUAUGUAAAAUUUAUUUAAAUUUCUAUCAUAAAUUAAAUGAUUAUUUUUAUUUAAAAAGUAAUAAAAAGGAGAAUACUCACUAUUACCCAAAUGAUGAUAAUGUUAUUGAUAACAAUAAUUUUAAUAUGAUCAAACAUAAAUAUGGGCAUCAUAAUAAUUUAGGACGCAUAUUUGAAUGGCAUAAUAAUCUCGAAAUAUAUGACCCCCUCUUAGUUUUGAAUAAUAAACCAUAUAGAAGCGAUAAAAAAAGUAAAAAAAAAAAAACUUGGCUAUGCAUAUAUAAUGAUACAUCAUAUUUAAACCUCAACAAUGCCAGUAUUUCAGCAGAGAUUAGAAAAAAAGAUCAAGAUGAAAGUACGUUGUUAAAUUAUAAUUUAAAUAAAAAUGUGCAUUUCGAAUUUAAUAGCAAUUUAAAUUGUUUCUUAUUGCGAUUUAAAAAUAGUUAUAUAAAAAAUAAAAAUAAAAAUUUAUAUAUAACUAUAAAGGAGAAUAAAAUACACAAAGUUAAAUAUGUUCAGAAUAUUAUACAGACAAAUAAAUAUACAUAUUUUAUAUUUUCUUGUCUUGUAUUUUCAGUAUACCAAGCAAUAAAAGUAAUGUAUAUAUUUUCGUUACAAUAUUUUCCUUCGUUGUUUUUCAAAACUUUAAACUAUUUAAAUUAUUUAAAAAUAGAUGACAAGUUUUUCCAAUUUUUACAAUGUAAUGAAUAUAAAACAAUUAACGAAAUACUUUAUAAUUAUUAUUAUAUAAAAGAUUCAAACAAUUUGCUUGACAUAUUACGAUUUAGAGGAUAUUAUGUAAAUCCAUUUUCAUUUUUAGGAUCGAUUUUUUAUAUAUCUGAGUUAAAAAAUAUUUCUUUUCAUUUUAAUUUAUAUCCAUCAAACUAUUUCAACACAAUCCAUAAUGUUUGGGGUGCUGAACGAACUAUUAAUUUAACUACCUUAGCAAAAUUAGAAAAGCAAUUAAAAAAAAAAGAAAAAAAACGCAUAAUAAAAUGGGGUCAGACUUUUGGUGAAAAUACUAACUCGUUAAGUACACAAAAAAAAUCAAAAAAUAUUAUCCCCAAUAAUGCUAAAAAUAGUGGUAAUAUAAAUGAGAGUAAUCAAAAAAAACAAAGUUUAGAAGAAAUAAUUAAAGGGCCAUAUAAAAAAAGAACUAAGACCAAAAAGAAUAUAAGCAAACUAAAUGAUAAUCGAAAUGAUUAUUAUAAUAAAAUAAGUACUAAAGGGGUUAAGACAAGACAAAUAUGGAAAAAUAAAAUCAAACAAAAUAAGAAUAACUUAAAUGAAUUAUUCUAUAUCAAGUUUGAAGAUGAUUUAGAAAAUAAUAUAAAAGAUGAAGAAAUAGACAACUUUUUUAAAACCCAAAAUUAUGUCGAUAGUGAUAUUGACAUUGAUGAGAAAAAUGACGUUUCAAAUUUAGUUAGUCAUGCAAAAGGGUUGAAACGGAGACUUGCAGAAGAAAUCCGCAUGGCUAAUUGCGCCGCUUGGUCAGGUAGAACUAUAUAUAACGUUGCAACUUUGCUAAAGCCAAAAAAUAAAAAAAAGAAAAACACACACUAUAACGAACAGGCGGAAAAGGAGACCAUAGAAAUUCCAAAUUUUGAAGGUUUUGAUGGUUUUGAAAAUUCUGAUGUUACUGAAAAAAUAAGUAAAACAAAAGGGCCUAGUGGGAAAGACAAAAAAAAAGGCUUCAAACAUUUGUUAAAUAAAUAUUUCGAAAAAAAUAUACAUAAAAAUAAUUUUAACAAUUAUUCAAAUGAAUCAGAAACAAUUAAUUUAUAUAACUUGAUCAUAAAAUUUAUAAAUAACAAACCUUUACUUAAUAAUGAUUCUAUAACAUAUGAAAAAUAUAUUAAAAAAAAUUCUCUCGAAAUUAAUCAUAGCAUUUAUAAAGAGUUUACAAUACAUACUAACUAUUAUAUGCCUGAAUUUAAUAUCCAUCCUUUGAAUAAGUUUAUUAACACUUUUUAUAAUAAUAAUUUUAAGGCAUUAUAUUUAAAUAAUCAAAAAAUAAAAAGCAAAGAACAUAUGAGCUUUGAUCAGGAGCAAAAAGGGGAAUAUCCCCAAAAUAUAACUACCAUUUCUAAAACAAGCGACAGCUUGUCGAUCAUCCCAAAUUAUGAAAAUGAAAAAAGAGCGCAUGCUGGAAUAGAAGAGGAAGAAAAUUAUGAAAAAUAUUCAGACGAAAAGGCGAAGGAUGAAUAUCUAGUCAACGACAAUGCAUAUGAUAAUAUAUUGGAUCCCCUUCAUAACAGCAUUGAGAAUGAUAUAAUUUCACAAAUCGAUGAUCUAGAUCAAAUAGAAUCAAUUAAAUAUUCAAGUGGUGCGGAUCCAUUUGAUGCUUUGAAUGAAAUUGAUAAAAGUUCAAUCAGCAAAUCUGAUAGAGAGUCUAUAAAUUUUACAGAAAAUGAUAAAACUGAAAAUAGUGAUGAAUCGUCCGAAUAUGCAGAUGGUAGCUUAUUUGAUGAAGAAGAGGAACAAGAUGACAAAGAUUAUAUAAGUUACUCAUUUUAUUUGCAUAAACCUGUAUAUAUAUAUGACGAAGAAAAGGAAAUGGAAAAAGCUUUGAGCGACAUCGAAACUGGGGAAAGUGAAAUUGAUCAUGGAAAAAUGAAGGUCAAAGAUGAGAUAGCCAAAAAAAAUUGGGAUACAAGCAAAUGGAAUAGUAAUGUACUUUUGCAAAAGAAUAAACAAUUUAAGAAAGUUUAUAAAAAAUUAAUUAAAAAAAUAGAAUAUGAUAGAAAUAUUAAAAAAACAUGUUAUCCAUUAUAUGAUAAAAAUAAUAAAUUUUUAAUGAGAGAUUAUAAAUGUAUAAGACAAGAAAAUGUUUGGGAGAAUUUUACUAAAAAUCAUGUAAUAAGAGUAGGUAAAAGAAAAGAUAUAUAUCAUUUAUUAAAAGGUCGACAUAUUCUCAUAAACUGCAUAUCCAAUAAUUUUUAUACAUAUGACCAAGAUGCUAGAACAAUAGUUCGUAUGUAUAAAAGACAUAAAUUUCUUUUAAAAAAUCAAAAACAAAAAUAUUUUUUAAAAAAAUAUAAAAAUUCUUAUCCUUGGACUGGAGAAAAUAUGUUUAUAUGUGAAAACGAUAUCAACAAAUAUAUUGCGGCUGCAUAUGCAACAAUUUUAUUUCACAAAAAUACAACCUACCUCAAAAAUUUUAAUUAUCACCAUGCUCGGGAAUGUAUACCAUUAUAUCGUGACCGAACAGAAAGAGCAUUAAAUAAUCUUCCGACAAUGCUAUGCUUACUCAUAAAAGCCUUUAGCACCUAUUUGAACUGCCCCUUUAGGGAAUUGAUUAUAGUUUUAAAACGUAUUGAAAGAACAUUUUUAUUUUAUUAA